AUGUCAGGCGUCCAGCCCCAUGCUCACCAGGCCCAGCAUGGCCUUCCGACAGGUUCACAACCCUUCUUCCAGCAGCAGCGCGACGGGGCCGGCAUACACGGCGGCUCUGGCCACAUGAUGGAUGCUUCGCAAUUCGCCGAAUUCUCUUUCCCCUUUUCGGGCUUGCCAGACCAGGUUCGCAGUCAUAUGAUGCCCAUGGCAGAUGUGUCUCAUGUCGGGUACGAAGGACCUGCGGCCGCGCAGUUCUCGCAGCACCGCACCAUGGCAGCCACACUCCCUCCCGAGCCCCAUCCAAUGGCCCCCAUGGUCGCCAUGCCCACGUCCUCGCUGGCAAUGGACUCGGACAACCACAGAUCAAGCCCCGUGGAGUCGGAUGACGACGGCGGAGUCGACAGAAACUCCCCAACGGCCAACACUUUCGAGGACCCCGUUGCGGAUGAGUUCGGCCUCCACGGUCUCAGUCGUGGAGACGGCAGCGACCUCGGCGGCAGGAAGGACGGAAAGUCAGACGCGCCGCCUGCGUGGAGCGAACUCAAGACGAAGGCUGGCAAGGAUCGCAAGCGCCUGCCGCUCGCCUGCAUCGCGUGCAGGCGCAAGAAAAUCCGCUGCUCUGGCGAGAAGCCCGCUUGCAAGCACUGCCUGAGGUCCCGGAUACCGUGCGUGUAUAAAGUCACGACGCGCAAGGCCGCACCCCGAACCGACUACAUGGCUAUGCUCGAUAAGCGCCUAAAGCGCAUGGAAGAGCGCAUCAUCAAGAUUAUCCCCAAGACUGAGCAAGAAGGAACUCCAUUCAUCACCCGUGCCGUCGUUAAGCCAGCGAUCCCGGGCACUGAGCCAUCGGGCAAGCCGUUUUCUAAGAAGCGAGGCGCCGACGAGGCAUUCGGCUCAGAUUUGGAGGCUUGGGCGAAGGCUCCGACCAAAUCAAAACUUGCUGAAGUCGGGGACCAACAGUCGUCUACCGAGGCACAAGAAGAAGAGGAAGACAAGCUGUCUCGCGAAGGCGUCGACGCCCUGCCGCCAAAGGAAGUCCAGGAGCAUUUAGCCGAGGUCUUCUUCGACAAUGUGUACGGACAAGCGUACCAUUUGCUCCACAAGCCCAGCUACAUGCGGAAGUUGAGAAACGAUGCCCUACCUCCGGUGCUGGUGCUGUCCGUUUGCGCGGUUGCUGCGCGAUUUACGCCGAAUCCCAAGAUCAGCCCCUCGGCAAGGCCAUUCCUCCGCGGAGAAGAAUGGGCGUCCCAGGCCCGGGAUAUCUGCACCAAGAGAUACGAGUGGCCCAACAUCACGAUCUUAACAUGCCUUCUGAUUCUAGGGCUUCACGAAUUCGGUACGUGCCACGGCGGCCGGAGCUGGGCGUUGGGCGGCCAGGCAAUUCGCAUGGCUUUCGCCCUGCAGCUGCAUAAAGACCUGGAGUAUGACCCUCUGUGCCGCAACAAGACCCCACUCAGUUUCAUUGAUCGCGAAAUCCGUCGGAGAACGAUGUGGGCGUGCUUCCUCAUGGACAGGUUCAACUCUUCUGGAUCCGAUCGACCCAUGUUCAUCAAGGAAGAGACUAUCAAGAUCCCGCUCCCGGUGAAGGAGCGGUUCUUUCAAUUAGACAUGCCGGUCCAUACCGAGCCGCUGAGUGGGAUAUCCUCCCCGAUCGGGACGACAGACGAGAGGCAAAUGAGCCCAGCGGAGAACAACAUGGGCGUCGCGGCCUAUACCAUCCGCUCUAUUGCUAUCUGGGGCCGGAUCAUAACCUACCUUAACCAGGGAGGUAGGGAGUCGGACGCCCAUCCGAUGUGGAGCGAGGAUUCGGAUUACGCGGCUCUCGUAAACGAUACUGACGAGUUUGUCGAGAACCUCCCUUCGGCUUUGCAAUACUCGCUACAGGCACUUGAGCUCCAGGUGACAGAGGGCACUGCAAGCCAAUUUCUCCUCCUUCAUCUGUCGAUUCAGCAGAACAUGCUUUUCCUUAGUCAGGCCGCCGUCACGUUUGCCAACAGUCGGGCCGGCACGGAAGCGCCAAAGGAAUUCCUAUCGCGUGUCAGCGCGAAGACGUUUGCAGCUGCGAAUCGCAUAUCGGAGAUCCUGAAAGAUGCAGAGCAGUCCCAGUGCCACAUCUCGGCCCCAUUCGCCGGUUAUUGUGCCUUUUCGUCGACCACGAUUCACAUCAUGGGAAUCUUUUCGGGGAAUGCCACGGUCAAGGCCGCUGCAGAGACGAACUCUGGAGUUAACAUAAGGUUCCUGCGCAAAAUGAUGAGAUCCUGGGGAAUGUUCCACUGGAUGGUGGAGAACAUUCGCACGCAAUACCGCACUGCGUUGGACGCGUCUCGGUCGGGUCGAGGAGACGGGCCAUCACCUUCCCGCAUAAUCCAGUAUGGCGACUGGUUUAACCAGUAUCCACACGGCGUUCCCGAUACCGAUCUUACCGAUUCAACGGUCCAGCGAAAGCGAGCCGGUGAAGACGGCGUCCUGGAACAGAAAGCGGAACUCCAGUCCGUCGAAGAGUUCUUCACGACCUUGUCCCCGGUUCAUACAGCGGAAUCUCAGAGGCGAUCUGCGGCAAAGACAAAGCCAGCCGCGAGACGGCAGGGCGAAGUGCCGACGACCAAUGGGGAAGCGCAAAAUCCCGAGAUGGCGUCGAAGAACAUCGCCGGGCAGCGUCGCAGCCCCAGUAACGGCGCUGUGCCGCAGCCGCCGCGGCAGUUCGCAUCUGCUCUCGCCGGACAAACCAGCAGACCUACCGGGUUCAGCCCUCUGGUUGUACCGCAGACGCAGACUCCGGCAUACACUUCCAUGUCACCUCUGAGCCCCAUUCAGGUUGAGCAGUUUCCUCAACAGACGAGCCAGAACCCGUUCUUCUCUGCAGACAUGCUGUCGAUGAAUGUACCGCAGCAGGCUGGAAACUUGGGAUCGCACCUUGACCGGCAAAUAUCGUUUCCCGGAUUUCCCAUGGAACCAGUCGGGGCAGUCAAUGGAAGCCCUGCCGCUGUAGGCGGUGGCAUGAACGGGUGGGCCAGCGUGCCGGGAAAGGGCGACGGCCAGCGAAACAUGAAACUCGAGGAUUCUAUACCGAACGGCCGACACGUUCAAGGACAGCAAGUCCCUGCGCCUGACGGAAUGAGUGCUUUUCACGGCCCAGACCCGUCCACGGCCUGGUUUGUGCCUUUUGGUAUGGAUACCCCUGGCGUGGACCACAACAUGGGCCUGGACGGAGGCAGCAACGCCGACCCAUUCUCCACCGUCUUUGGGGGCGGCGGCCCGAUCAUGACGCAGAACCAGCUCGACGCAUUGAGGCACGCGCUCUAG